AUGAAGUCCGUCGCUGUUCUCGCAGGUAUCGUUGCGGUGGCCAACGCCCACGCCACAUGGCAACAACUCUGGAAGAACGGAGAGGAUCUCGAGAGCACCUGCGCUCGUCUCCCUCCCUCCAACAGCCCCAUUGAGGACUACACCUCUACCGCACUGCAGUGCAAUGUCAACCCCGCUGCCGCUUCUGGCAAGUGCAGCUACGAGGCCGGUGACACAGUCACCAUCGAGAUGCACCAGCACAACUCCCGUGCCUGCACCGAGGAGGGUAUUGGCGGUGCCCACUGGGGUCCCGUUCUUGCCUACAUGUCCAAGGUCGAGGAUGCCGCCACCGCUGAUGGCUCUUCGGAGUUCUUCAAGGUCUACGAGAACACAUGGAAGAAGGCCCCGGGCUCUACCCAGGGUGAUAACGACUUGUGGGGCACCAAGGACCUCAACUACAACUGCGGAAAGCUCGACUUCUCUAUCCCCGAGGAUAUUGCUCCCGGUGACUACCUCCUCCGUGCCGAGGCCAUCGCUCUUCACGCUGCAUCCUCCUCCGGUGGUGCUCAGCACUACGUCACUUGCUACCAGCUUACAGUCACUGGCUCGGGUACUGCUACCCCUGCCGGUGUCAAGUUCCCUGAGGCUUACUCCAAGACUGGCCCCGGUCUUGGCUUCUCUAUCCACGCGCCCCUGACCGAGUACCCCGCCCCUGGCCCUGCCCUCUACGCUCGCGGUACCAAGAGCGACCCUCAGCUCCUUACCUUCGGUGAGAUCUCUGGUGUAGCCAAGCCUUCCGGUGGUGCCUCUGCCCCCGUUGCCAGCGCCAGCGUUGCACCCUCCUCCGCGCCUGUCGCCGCCUCAUCUGCUGCUGCCUCCUCUGCCGUUGCCACCUCCGCUGCUCCCUCCUCUGCCGCUGAGGCCGAGCCCACCGAGGCUGCCACUUCAGCUGCUCCUUCCGCUGCUCCUUCCUCUGCCGUUGAGGCCGAGCCUACUGAGGCCGCUACUUCCGCUGCCGCCUCCUCGGUCGCUGCUUCUGCCCCUGCUGCUUCGCCCACUGCUGCCCCCGAGACCGGUGACAAGAAGUACAACGUUGACUCGUUCGCUACUUAUCUCGAGGCCCAGGCCGGAAGCGAUGCCGAGUUCAACAUGGAGGAGUUUAUUGCCUGGUUGGAGAAGAUUGAGAGCGGCUCAAACACUGCUGAGCCUUCUGCCACAGGUGUCGCCGCGGAGCCCACCGCUGAGGCCACUGCUGAGCCCACCGCCACCCCUGCUCCUUCCAAGGCACCUGCUGCGUCCGCCCCCGUCGCUGCCUCGUCCGCCCCUGUCGCUGUCUCCUCUGCUGGCCCGGCCAAGACGACUCUUGCUACUGUCACCAAGCCCCAGCCUACCUCCGGCUCUGAUGUCGAGAUCCAGGCUUACGGUCGCUGCGGUGGUGAGGGCUUCAAGGGCACCGGCAAGUGCGCAUCUGGCUGGACCUGCAAGGUCCAGAACCCCUACUACUCCCAGUGUGUCUCGUCUGAGGGUGGCAACGCCGCUCAGCCCAGCGCCUCCAAGCCCGCUGCCGCCUCCACCACCCAGGCUGCCGCCUCUACUACCCAGGCUGCGGCUACCCCAUCCAAGGAGGCUGUCAUCACCAAGGAGGCUGUCUCCUCUGCUGCUCCCUCUGCGUCAGCCGCACCUGCCGCUGACAAGCUGUGGACGAUCGAGGAGCUCAUCGCUUUCCUCGAAGCUGCCGAGUAA